AUGUCUGCUGUCGCCAAGAAGCCACCUGGUGGCGUUGGCCGAAUCUCCCACGCCGAAACCACAACAUCGCCCAGCGCCUCGCCCUCGCGGUCCGCUUCCCAACGCAACUCGACUUCGUCUCCCGCCGGCCACGCACGCACACGCUCAACCCGCAUGGGAACCCCAGUGUCGGCCCGAGCUGCAGCCGCCGCUCGUAAAAACAGCACCACCGCCGAGGCAGAUGCUCAUGCCGAGGCCACGGCCGCUGCUGAGGAUCUCCAGCAGCGCUUGGAGAAGGAGGAGAAGCAAUCAGAAUCCUUCGGAAAGCAGAUUGACGUCCUACAGACCAAGCUCGACGAUGCGGUCAAGGACUCUGCCAAGCUCGAGGAAAGGGUCCACGAAUACGAAGAGCAGCUCGAAACCCUCAACAACGACAAACGAGAGGCCACUCGCCAGAUCCGCGAAAUGGAAACCAUCUACGAGGCGGAACGCAGCUCCAUGCUCAAGGAAAAGGAGGACAUGGCCAACAAGGAAGAGGAAAUGCAAGCCAUCAUACAGAGACUGAAGGAUAGCCUUGCCCAACGUAAUCAUGGCGAUGAUGACACGCGCCCUUCGCGGACAGCCAACGCUUCGCCCUCUAUUGAUGGCGGCAGUUUCGCCCCACCGUCCUCGCUACAGAGAAGCGACUCUCGUAGCAGCUCAAAACUCAUCCUACAAAAGGACAAGCUCAUCGAAUCCCUACGACUGGAACUCGCCGAGGCCCAAAUCAAGCUGGUCGAAUCAGAGAACCAAGGCGGCGGCCGCCUGCAGGAAGUCGAACGCCUGCUGAUGGAAGCCCGCAUGGCGAACGCCAGACUGAUGGAAGACAACGAGAGCUACCAGCUGCUUCUCAAGGACAAGACGCUUAAGGGUGACUUUGGCCAGAGUGACUUUAGCUACAUGAGCUCCAACCAGGAUGCCCUCGCCGCUCUUGAGGGCAAGGUCCCUGCCGCCUCCUCGCUCGCCGAUGAGCUCUCUGAUGCUACCGAGGCUGAGGGCGACGGCGAACGUCGCCUCGAGGCCGAGCUCAAGUCCAUGAAGGAGCAGAACAAGGCUCUGACUCUAUAUAUUAACAAAAUCAUCGAGCGCCUUCUGCAGCAUCAGGACUUUGAAUCCAUCCUGGACCAGUCGAGCGACGGCAAGGGCAACGUCAACAAGGAGUUGCCUGCCCCUCCCAACGGCUCGUCUCUGUUGCAGCGUGCCAAAUCCAUGGCCAUGGGCCCCAACGCCAACAACAAGUCAAAACCACGUCCAAUUUCCGUUGCGCAGACCAGCGCAUCCACCUCUGCGCAUAUGGAUCCGGAGCGGGCGCCCAGCAUUCCUAUCGGCAAUCUUGGCCGUUCUACUAGUGUUCGACGAUCCCGCCCCCAGAGCGAGCAGUUUGCUGGUGCUGUCAGUCUCGUGAGCCAGAUGUACAAGGGCCCCGAUGGUCCCCUAUCGCCUCCUCUCGGUAACCCACGAAAUUCGCAGGGCUUCUACUCUGGCGCUAGCGCCACUGGCAGUGGCGCAUCGCGCGUCGCCAGUACCAGCAGCCAAGCACCCUCGUCAACGGGCAACUUCCCUGGCAUGCGCAGCGAGACAUCAAGCAUAAGCGGCGAGUCCGCCGAUCUCACCACGCCGCCGUCGCAAUCGCCCCCCCGUUCUGUACAAGAAAAGAAGACGACCUUUGUCGGCGGCACGCCUCGCCCUCUGCGCCUCGUGCAGGAGAACGCCGACGCUGUCAAGGACAAGGAGAACAAGCGCGCGAGCUGGUACACGGGUGUGACUGGCUGGGCGGGCUGGGCUAAGAAGGACGACCCUACCGCGUUGCAGCAAGCGGCGAAUGAACCCAUCCCCGAGUAA